UGUAUCUGCAGCAGCAACAUCACUAUGGCUUUCACUGGAAAGUAUCAAGUGGAAUCCCAGGAGAACUAUGACGCCUUCAUGAAACUCAUUGGUAUUCCUGAUGAUAAAAUUGAAAAAGGAAGAGAUUUCAAUUACACCACAGAAGUAGUCCAAAGUGGAAAUGACUUUACUUGGUCACAGCUCUAUCCAGGAUUUACACUCACCAAUAAAUUCACUGUUAACCAAGAGGCAGAUCUGGAGACAAUGGGUGGCAAAAAGUUUAAGGCAACCGUCCGAAUGGAAGGUGGUAAACUGGUUGUGGACUUCCCCAACUACAAUCACACCUCGGAGAUUGUUGGAGGGAAACUAGUGGAGACAUCUGUUUCUGGAGCAGUCUCAUUCAAGAGAAUUAGCAAGAAGGUGGCAUAAGUGGUGAAUUUCAACAUGUCUGCAGAGCUGUUUUAUAAAUGCAAAUAAACAAUUUUAUUGUUAA